AUGGCCUGCCACUCAAAGCACAAUACCAGUCUAUCACAAAUCCCCCUAAUCGACUUACCUACCUCCGAAACGGAAGAGAUUAACGGGGAGAGUGAUCACCAGCACAUUCGAUAUUCACGCCUCCGUGACUACACCUUCAAAGGAACAAACAUCCUCCACAAGGCUAAGUCACUGGUGAAUCUCAAUCGAAUCCCCCUGCCUCUGCUUGGUAAGGACACAGAUCCUGGACAAGAAUGGAUCAAGGGCGUCCUGCUCUGUGCCUGGGGAUCCAGUGCGAUCCUGGCCCUCAACGUGAUAUUGGCCGUCAUUGCGAUCGCCCUCGCUUACACGCGGCCCUCAGGUAGCGACACACGUUUCGAAUAUGCGGAGCUCUAUCGCGGUAGCUGCCGCAUCACAAACGGCUGGACGACUGGGAUGCAUCUUGUGAUCAACGUCCUUAGCACGGCUCUCCUUGCCGCGAGCAAUUAUUCGAUGCAGUGUCUCAGCGCGCCGUCCAGAGCAGAUGUUGAUCGGGCUCACUCAAAACGGACCUGGCUCGACAUUGGGGUGUUUAGUGCUAGGAACCUGUGGGCCAUGGAUGUCAAGCGAAAGAUUCUCUGGAUCAUCCUGUUCAUAAGCUCAGUGCCAGUCCAUAUGAUGUACAAUUCAGCCAUCUUCCCAUCCUUAACUACAAGAAAGCAUGGGCUUGUUGUCAUCUCAGACGGUCCUGGGAUGAGCGAGCUCCUCACCAGAAACAAGGAUGAAACCCAUUCCUUUAUGCAAAAAAUCGGUUAUAGUCCGGAGGACGUCCAUGCUGAAUACCUGAAUGGAACAUUAACGCCACAUGAAGACGCGUCCGAGUGUCUAAAACCAUACGACAUCGAUUUCAACACCAAAAGAAGCACACUGUUGCUCGAGGUGCCCGCAGACCACAUCAAUGGAUCCUCUAUCGUUGGAAAUUUUGAUAGGAAGAUGGACUUCCCAUUCAAACUUGGAGACAACAGCUAUGGAGGUAACUUGAAUAAUCUGACAUACCCGGGCUGGUCUUUUCGCGCCCCAGGGAACAAUACGUGGCUGCACCUUGGGGACUUCUUCGCUGAUCACUGGACUGACAUUUACCAACAGUGCCAAUUCUAUUUCAGUCUGCCGAUAUCGCUUACCGUUAUUGGCUGCAACAUUGCAAAAGUGAUUUGCAUGUACUUGACGGCACGAUGCCAUCGCAAGUCUAUUCUUUUGACUCUGGGUGACGGGCUCGCUUCCUUCCUCAACAAGCCUGACGCAACGACCAAGGGUCGCUGCUUCAUGUCCAAGUCGGAUAUGACGACAGGGCAGCGCCCGUGGUGUCGGGGUUCCUCCAUUCCUGAUACCCUAGAUACUACUACGCCUGUGGGCGAAAUGGGGAACCCCCAACUUCGUCAACUGAGGAGACAUCCCCAACAUCUUCCUCGGAGAAGCAGGUGGCUUCGAUCACCUGGGUGGAAGCCCUGGACCUUGACGUUGAUUUUCUUCUUUAUUUGUCUGGGGGCGAGUAUCUUCCUUUUUGUCUAUGGACUGAAGGGGGGUGUCCAAGCGUUGGCUCGGGAGAUGGGCAGACCGACUGGUGACACGAUCAUCUACAACGGAGAGAACGUGAUUUUGUUGAUCCUGCUGGCCAAUUCCCCGCAGCUCGUAUACUCCAUCUUAUACAUUCUCUGCAACGGCCUGCUCACGAACAUGCGCCUCGCAGUGGAAUUCAACGAGUUCGCCACCAACCGCAAGCCCCUCCGCGUAUCCUGGCCCAAAGGCCAACAGCGGUCGGCAUACUACAUCAGCCUCCCGUAUCGUUACGGGUUCCCACUGAUCGCCGUAUCAAUCAUCAUGCACUGGCUUUUAUCGCAGAGUCUCUUCGUGGUCAAGAUCCGCGCCCAAGACGUCCAUGGGGAUGAAAUAAAAGCAGAAUCCACAACUGCCUGUAGCUGGUCAUCGAGGGCGAUUCUCUUGGCGAUUUUGACUGGGUCACUUGCCAUGGCGGUGCUCAUUGGGCUGGGAUUUCGGCGUCUUCCCUCUGAUAUGCCGCUGGCAUCAUCGUGUAGCGCUGCGAUCAGCGCCUGUUGUCAUCCUCCACCGAAGGAUACAGGAGCCUCACUGAAGCCGGUCAAAUGGGGAGAAGUCAUAGACCGCCCACGGAUAUCAAGCAGGAUUGAAGAGAGUUCUGAACACACAUCAGAAGAUGAUCAUGUAGAGGGCACACAGGUCGGAUAUGCUCACUGCAGUUUCACAUCGGACCAAGUGAUGAGGGCGAGUCCUGAUGUUUUAUACUGUUGA